CUCGAGAACCUGUUGCCACAGCUCUUCGAAUGCGUGCAGCGAUGUCAACCUGCGGCAAGACCAAGCUCCGCGUCGCAUAUUGUGCCUUCCUCACCGCAAACGUCCUGUUCGUGCUGUCUAAUGUGGCCUAUUUACAGACACCUCGAACGGACGUGAAACCCUGUGCGCUUGUUGUUGCCAAUCAAUCGCGACGAAAUAUUUCGGACAUUUGUGCCACGAUUCCACCAAAGCCCAUGAAAAAUGCGCAAAGUGUCGCCAAGCCUCAACUCCUGAUCACGAAGCCCCGACAGUCGAAGCGAACCGCCAGCCGCGCACCGAAUGCAGCGAAUCUCGAUCGGAUCAACAGUGACACUGCCGACGGCAGGAAGAUCAUCUCGUCGCCAAACAAGAACAUGCCACCCAAGUACAUAGCGCAAAAGGACUUCGUACUCUCCGACCUUUCGGUGCCGUUUGACGAGAGCGUCACCCUCACGACGCAUGCGACUCACGAGUUCCUGCAGCACGUUCCGGUGCUGUGCUCCCGAUGGCAAGGGCCCGUCUCGGUGGCCGUGUACGCGCCGGGAACCGACUACGCGGUGGCGCUGGACAAGAUCGCCUUCCUGCGCCACUGCGACGACCCGUGCGUGAGCGCGAACGUGUCGUGGCACGUGGUGUUUGACAAAGCGCACGCGCCGCCGAAGGCAGUGAAGGUCAAGACUUCUUCUUCGGCGGCGUUUCUCCGGUCGUGGAACGGUUCGUGUGCCUCGGACGUGAUGCGGCGCGAGUACGCGCAGUUCCGCAAGGCGCACAAGAUGACCUACCCGAUCAACGUGCUCCGGAACCUUGCGCGGCGCCGGGUCCGCACGCGUUACAUUCUCGCAUCGGACAUCGAGCUGUACCCGAGCGCCAACGUGAUUCCGCGCUUCCUGAGCCUGGUCACCGAGCGCCGGCGUCGCAACGCCACCGAAGCGGGGGGGCCCCAGGUGUUCGUGCUGCCCGUCUUCGAGGUGGAGGCCAAGCAGCGGCCGCCCCUGACCAAGCGAGUCCUGGUCGAGAUGCUGCGCAACAAUACGGCCAUCUUCUUCCACAAGUGGGUCUGCGACGAGUGCCAGAAGUUCCCCAAGCGAGAGGAGUGGGUGAACUACGUUCCAGCCGACGAGAACCAGCUGGGCAUUUUCACCACGACCAAGCGCGACCGCUCCAAUGACCUCUGGGAGCCCAUCCAUAUCGGUACCAACGACGAUCCCUUCUACGCCGAAGAGCUCACCUGGGAGGGCAGGAAGGACAAAAUGGCGCAGAGCUACGAAAUGUGCCUACGUGGCUACGACUUUCACAUCCUGGACAAUGCUUUCCUGGUGCACGCACCCGGUAUUAAACACGCAUCUGGCAGGGACGACAAGCGCAUAGUUCAUUUUGUGCGAAAGAACAAUGCGCGCCAUGCGCGCGCCGCGAAACGCCUCCGGUCCCGGUACCAAGCGCUUGUCAAGGACUGUUAGCAACCCUGUCCGGUACGUGUAUGUAUUUUCGUGCUUGCGUGCCUGUGAGUACUUGAGAACUCCUGCAGCACAUAGAAAUGUGUAUAAUCUAUGUUAUAAAGCGCCUCUAUAUUAUGUGUUAUAUAAAGCAGUUGUAAUGGCUGCA